GUGGUUAUAAUGGAUAAAUAUCUUAGAGCUUCAAAUGGGCAAGGUUGUAGUGCGGCAACCAUUGAAGAAAAAGAGCAAGAGGAAGAGCCGCAAGCCAAAAAGGCGCGAUAUGGUCAGUCCAAUGUGUGGAAUUUUUUUAAUAAGUCCUCGGAUGGCAAGACUGCCAAAUGUUUAAAAUGUGGUAAAAUUUAUCAAACCAGCGGAAACACCACCAACAUGGCGGGGCAUUUAAAGCGGGUACACCCAACGUUAACGGUGAGUGAGUUGCCAAAGGCUUCAGGACAUAUGGCGGCUUAUUUGGAUAAAAAAUAUGAAGCCUCAUCGAAACGGAAGAGAGAUUUGGACAGCGUAUUGUUAAAUUUCAUUUGCUCCGAUUUACGUCCAUUUUACAUUGUAGAAAACGAGGGAUUUAAGCAAUUUGUAAAUGCUUUGGAUCCCCGAUACGAAUUGCCUUCACGAUCAACAAUGCUUUCAACAUGUUAUAAUAAUUUAUUCAUGAACAUGAGAAUGAAACUGAAAAGCAUUUUGCAAGAAGUGGAAUAUUGCGCUGUGACAACCGACUGUUGGACAUCUCGAGCCAACGAGGCUUAUUUGACCGUAACUUGCCAUUUUAUAGAUCCAGAAUUUAAACUUCGCACAGCAGUACUUUCGACUAGUAAGUUACAGAAUGAGAAAAAUCAUUCUGCAGAAAACAUUGCGAACUCUCUAUGUGCAGUGCUAAUUGAAUGGGAAGUUAUGGACAAAGUUGCAGCCAUUGUUACCGAUAGCGCAAGAACAAUGAUAAAAGCAUGUGAGAUAUUGCAAAAAAGACAUGUGCCAUGCUUUGCGCAGGUUAUUAAUUUAAUAGUUCAACAAUGCCUGAAUCAAGAGAAAAUAAAAGUUAUUAUGGGGAAAUGCAAAAGUAUUGUGGGAUUUUUUAAGAAAAGCACAGUAGCUUACGCCAAGUUUAAAGAAGCUCAAAAUACAGAGAAGCCAUACAGUUUAAAGCAAGAAUGUCCUACAAGAUGGAAUAGCGCAUUUCAUAUGAUUGAAAGAAUUCUUAAAACAAAUGAUGCUAUAAGCAGUGUUCUUCUUUCAACCCCAAAGGGACUUGCCCCGUUUUCGGCUGACGAAAUUUUAAUUUUAAAAGACAUAAAAAUUUUAUUGCAACCUUUUGAAUGUGCAACAUUGCAAACUUCUUCGCGAACGUUGGUCACGGUAUCAUUAAUAAUUCCUAUAACUUGCGGACUUCUGCAUAAUUUGCAAUUGUUAAAAAGUGACCUAAAAACAGUUGAAGGUCGCGAAAGCUGCAAUUGCUUAUUGGAGGGCAUAUCGUCCAGACUACUGCAAUAUGAAAUUCGCAAUGUUCCUCGAGUGGCAACUUUGCUAGAUCCUCGGCAACCUCCACAUCGUAGACAUCCCUUUUUCAAUUUUUGGAAAAAAAACAAAAGUUUGAAACAUAAAACUAAUACAGUGGAUUCCAUAUUGUCAAUUCGUCAAUAUUUUAAUCUAGACAAUUUGGAAUCAAACUCCAACCCUUUAGAUUAUUGGAAGGUUAUCUCAUCAGAUAAAUCAUUUCAGCAUUGCUGCAAAAAAUAUUUCUGCGUUCCAGCAACUUCGACAGAAAGCGAACGUAUGUUCAGUAAGGCUGGAAUCGUUGUAAGCGAAAAAAGAAGUUCGCUUCAGUUUAAACAUGUUGACAUGCUACUUUUUAUCAAUCGGAACAAGUGGAUCUCUGAACAGCAAUGAUUGUUUUAUAGUUUUAAGUUUGAAAAAGAUUGAAUUAUGCUUUAUAGUAUUAAGUUUGAAAGAUUUAAUUUCUGUUUUAUAGUAUUAAGUUUAAAAGAUUGAAUUUCUGUUUUAUAGUAU